AUAAUGGCAGCGUCCAUGAAGCAUCAUGCUUAAAGCUGCGUGCGCUUCAGUUUGAUCGUACUCGCAGUGCUUUUGUUCCAAAGCGACAGAGAACGGCUUAGAAACUAGCAGGUCCUUACCAGAGACCAUGAGUGAUUUUAGGGUGCAUAGAGUGAGGUUCUUUCAGUAUACACCUCAGGCUAUACAAGUCAUUGCUUUUGAUGACUCAGAAAAGAAGCUUGCUGUUGGAAGGGCCGAUAAUUCCAUAGAAAUUUGGAACUGCAAAGAGAACAUUUUCCACCAUGAAAAGACAAUCCAUGGAGAUUCCGGGCGCUCCGUGGAAUCCCUCGCCUGGCUCCGGGGAAGACUCUUCUCUGCAGGGUUGCAUGGCGACCUCACAGAAUACGAUCUCAGUAGACUGCGGCCCAAGACUACGUCGUUGGCAUCUGGUGGAGCCAUAUGGUGCAUGCAGCUAAACUGCGCCAAGGACUGCCUUGCCGUUCUUAUCAGUUCUUUAUGA